AUGGACAGGGGUGUAGAGACAUCAAAGGGUGGUUGUAGUGAUUCAGGGUAUCUGAGUGGUUGUGAAAGGUCGAGUCACAAGGCACCGGCAACAGAGAGUGGGCAUAUGUCGGUCGAACAUAUGGUUAGUCAAAGUAGUGAUGAUAAUGGUGUUGACAUGAUUGCACCGAGGAAAGAAGAUGUUAUGGGGAAAGAGUUUAAAACGAUAGAAUUAGCGGAAGAAUAUUAUAUGAGUUAUGCAAAGGGCAUUGGAUUUAGCGUGAGAAAAGACAAAUUGGUUCGAAAUUCGGAAGGGAAAGUAUGUAGGAGACGGUGGUGUUGUUCUAAAGAAGGUUUGAGAAAUGAGAAGUUUAAUGAUCGAUCAGAAAGAAUUCGACCACCGAAGGCAAUUACAAGACAGAAUUGUUCUGCCCAUUUUUGGGUGGGUUAUGAGAAGAAACGUGAUGUUUACGUCGUUAGAAAUUUUGAACCACAUCACAAUCAUCAACUAGUUACUCCACUUGAAUCGCCAUAUCUCCGAUGUAACCGUGUCGUUAGAAAAUCCGAUUUAGCACAAGCAGUGGGAAUGCAAAGAGCAUUGUUUAGAACAUGUCAAACAUAUGAGUAUAUGGUGGACCAAUGUGGCGGGUAUUUAAAUGUUGGUUUUCAAAUAAAGGAUCUGUACAAUAAGUUGGAUGCAUCACGCAGAGAAAUUUUACUCGACGGUGACACAGAAGCCGCACUCUGUUACUUGAAAGCGAAAGGAGCAAUGGAUCCAGAAUUCUUUUGUAAGUUCAGUGUUGACGAGGAAAAUAGGCUUGGUAAUUUGUUUUGGAGGGACUCCACUUCACUUUUGGAUUACAUUGCCUAUGGCGACGUCCUCAUAUUCGACAGCACAUACAAAACAAAUGAUUAUGACAAUCCCCUAGUGUUGUUUGUCGGUUCGAACAACUAUCGGUCUACUGUAAUGUUUGGUUGCGCAUUAUUGCAGGACGAGACAUUUGAAACUUACAAGUGGUUAUUGGAAACAUUCAUGGCAUCCAUGAAAGAUAAGAAGCCAAUAUCAAUAUUGACGGAUGGCGAUGAGGCGAUGCGUAAAGCCAUUGAUGAUGUGUUUCCCAUGUCUAACCAUCGGUUGUGCUCAUGGCAUGUGUCAAGGAAUGCACAAAAUAACUUGAAGGAUGAUGAAUUGCUAAGAAAUUUUUAG